AUGAGCGGAAAAUCUGCGCUGGUGCUCCUCGUUGAUGGCACCGAGGAGAUGGAGGCCGUUAUUACGAUGGACAUUUUGCGUCGUGGUGAUGUCAAGGUUACGACCGCUGGAUUGGCCGGAAGCGGACUCAUCAAUUGCGCUCGCGACACCAAGAUCACGCCUGACGCCGCGUUCGCUGAUGUCAAGGACAAGAACUUCGACAUGAUCGUCCUCCCCGGUGGCCCCGGCAGCAGCAAGUACGGAGAGUGCCCGGAAGUGGGCAAGCUGCUCCACAAGUACACCGAUAGCGACCGUUUCGUGGCCGCGAUUUGUGCCGCCCCGGACGCCCUUCGAGCACACAAGAUUUCGCCUGGAGCUUCCGUAACCGCCUACCCUUCGGUGCGUGAAGGAAUCGAAGGUGCCGGCUAUAAGUUCCUCGAGCAAGACGUCGUCGUCGAUAAGAAGCUCAUCACCUCCCGAGGCCCCGGAACUGCUUUCCAAUUCGGACUGAAGCUCGUCGAGGCGCUCCAGGGCAAGGACAAGGCCCAAGAAGUCGCCAAGGCCACCCUCGUCGACUACCAU